GGCGCCAGUGUCAGGUCGGCCUCUGAUUGGUCCGCAGUCGUUUCCGGUGGCAGCGCUCCUCUUUUGAAAAGUGUUCCGUUAGAGAAGAUGCGACGCCAUUGUUAAAAGUCGGUGUCCGCAAUGUCGCCCAGAGUGGAACUUGGAGACUCACGAAGGGGUUUUUGAAGCAGGAGUUCUCUCACAAUAUCGGCGUUUUUGUAUUUACGAGUUCAACAUGGCUCAGCGUGUGGCGACGGGAGAUGGAGCGAACAGGAAGACCUCCAGGGUCCGGGUGGCGGUCCGUCUCCGACCCUACAUGGGCAAACCGGACGAGAAAAGCGAGGGGCCGUGCGUGAGAGGCCUGGACUCCCAGAACCUGGAGAUCACCAACUGGAGGAACGCCACUGAAACGGUCAAAUACCACUUUGACGCGUUUCACGGGGAACAAACGACCCAGCAGCAGGUUUUCCUCUCCUCAGUGAAGCCUGUUCUACCGCACGCCCUCAAUGGACAGAAUGCCAGUGUGUUUGCCUAUGGGCCAACAGGAGCAGGUAAGACACACACCAUGUUGGGCAGUUCAGGGCAGCCAGGCAUGAUCCCCAGAGCCGUUCGCGAGGUCUUCAAUCUGGUGAAAGCAAAGGAUGAAGAUGAUGGAUGGGACUACAGCAUUGGCAUGUCUUAUUUGGAAAUUUACAAUGAGAAGGUUCUAGAUCUUCUAUCGCCAAGCUCCCACGAUCUGCCAAUCAGAGAGGACAAGGACAAGAACAUCCUCAUCCCCGGCCUCACCCACACAACGAUCUCCUCCUUCUCAGAAUUUGACAAACUCUUUGUGCCUGCCACACUCAAUCGGACUACAGCCUCUACCAAACUAAACGAGCGUUCCAGCCGCAGCCAUGCUAUUCUCCUCAUCAAGGUUGUGCGGACUCAGCGUGCCUUUCCCAACCGACAACAGACGGGCAAGCUGUACUUGGUAGACCUGGCUGGGUCUGAGGACAACCGCCGCACCGGCAACCAGGGCAUUCGUCUGAAGGAGAGCGGUGCCAUCAACCUGUCUCUCUUCACUCUGAGCAAAGUGGUGGAUUCUCUGAACUCUGGCACUGCCGUCCGUGUCCCGUACAGAGACAGUAAACUAACACGGCUGCUACAGGACUCUUUGGGUGGCUCCGCACACUCUGUCAUGAUCACAAAUAUUGCACCGGAGUACAAAUACUACUUCGACACAUUUAGUGCUCUCAACUUUGCUGCCAAAUCCAAGCUCAUCGUCAAUAAGCCCUUCACCCGGGAGACUGUUGCUGUCCCCGUGUUGCCAGUGAAGCGGGCCAGAGAGCACCACGAGGCAGGAAGGUCUGGCACCGAGCCACAGAAGAAGAAACAGAAAGAGGAGAAGAAAACCGAACAGGGUGGUUCAUCACCCUCUGCACAUUUGGACAGUUUGUCAGAACCAUCAGUGAUGGACAGAUUAUUAGCUCUGGAGAAGUUGAUGAUGAGCUGCCAAGACAAAGACAGAAACAGCAUGCUUAAUGAUGUGGCCCAGUCUCGCAAGGAGAUCCAGGAGCUCAAAGAGAAGCAGAAGAAGUAUGAGAGCCAGGCCCUUCUGAUGAGCCAAUUAGCCAAACAGGAGCCCGCCUUUAAGAACACCACAGCUCCUCUGCAAAGAAAACCGUCAAAUGCUACAAGACCCAAUAAGCAGCAGGCUGUCGUCCAACCCCUACAAGUGUCCCAGCUUCAACCUCUAAAGCAUCUCGCAGUCGUCAAGAAACAGUCGGUCUGCGUCAAGAAGAAAGAGAGGAAGCUUUCAGACCAGCUUGAGCUUCCAGAUGGCAAAGAGAAUAUAAUGGAGACUAGUUGGGAGUCCCAACUGGACACAUCUGUUCUGGAGCAUUCCAGGCAAAAAAUCCUGCAGGUUCUUAACUCCGGUUCCCUCAAAGAGCUGAAAGGUCUGCAGCUGAUCGGUGACAAGAAAGGAAAGCUCAUCCUGGGCUGGAGGGAGAUCCAUGGCAGCUUCUCAAAGUUGGAAGAUCUAGUGAAAGUUGAAGGUAUGACAGAGAAGAGAUUUUCUUCCUUCAUGAAGGCGAACAUCCUGAGUGCCAUGGGAAAGUGAUUUUUAUUUUUUUGUUUUAAUAAAACCCACGUCAAGUGUAUAUAAUUCCUAUUACAAAAGUUUUUAUUUGUCAUGACUUCUUUGUCUUAUCAUGUUUUUGUAGUUACAUCUGUGUACCAGCUGGCGGCGCACUGUGCUUUUUAAUAAACGUCUGGCAUGACA